UGUGUUUCAGCAUACGUAUGUGGUGUGAUGUAGCAGAUGAAUUGGUGGAGCUUGGUUUUGUGUUGCAAGCAUUGAUUGGUGUAUAAGAUUGUGGUAGAUGUUUUGAGAUAGUCGUAUCUUGUAUGUGGCAAAUGUAGAACUUGUUAAGGUGAAGCAAUGAGAUCAGGUGUACCGUGUGGGUGAGAGGCGUAAGAAGAGUAGGAAGAGUGCUUUUUGUUUUGUUUUGUUUUUUAUUUUUUAGUACUAGGGAAGAGUGCAUUUGCCUUCAGUAAUACACAAAUGUAGGAAGACGGAUGGGGGAAUUGGGUUAGGGGUUGUGUUGCGGCUAAGCUGUUGUCUCCUGCCUUGAAAGCUUAUAAUGAUGAGGCGUUACGGUUGAUUGAUUGCUCAGCGAAGAAGAGAAGCAAGCCGAGGGUUAGGAAGUUCGGGCAGGAAAAAGCAAAAAAAAAAUAGAAGCAGCAGAGUGGGAGGUGGAGCUACGAGAUCUGAGCUGAAGCGACCCAUUAUUUGGCUUUGAUCUGGAUUUUGGAGUUUUUAUUUAUUUAUUUAUGUUGUUCAAAUUCAGUGCUUUGAGUUUUUUUUAGAUUAAGAGGAAAUUGCGUACAUGAAUGGAUCAAAAACAAUGUGUGUUGGCGUUUACCAGUGCUGCUGACUUUGUAACAGUUCCGAAAUGGUUUAAUAAAUGAAUUAUACUAUACAAUAAAACUUAAAGCCUUUUCACUUGGUUUUUUUAAUCAUCGGCGUCUUUGAGUCAUCGCCCAGUCUGGGUCACCCACACGAGAGCAGACUUGGAGACAGAUUUAAGAUUGGAUAUCUCAAAAGUCGAUUCUGAUCUGAAUCGAAGCAGCAGAUCCAUGAAACCCUCCUUUUCCUUGUGUUCCGCGUAAGCUCUCAACAAGUCUCUCUCUCUCUCUCUCCGCUUCCUUAAUCUAAUCUUACCGUAAUUAUUGGCUAGUAGUGAAGUAUUGUUAUUAUUGGAUUUGAAUGGCUUCCUCUGGAAAUCCCAAUCCACAACCACCAGGUGGGGUUGGAGGUGGAGGUGGAGGUGGAGGAUUCGAUAUGAACAAACUGUAUAAGCCUUCUUCCAGCCCUAUGCUGCAGCAGCCGCAUCCGCAUCAUCAUCAUCAUCAUCAAAAUGUAAACGUGAUAGCGACUCCUCCAAGUCCAACUCCAAGUCCUAACACUACCAACCUGACCACAUCCCCAUCCUUCCCGGCCCAAUCCUCCACACCUCCUUCUCCUCCUCCCUAUCUGACACCUUCCUCGUCUUAUCCUCCUCCCACUGGGCUCUACCCUUUCCACCACCCUCACUACCUUCCCUAUCUGCCUCCUCUUCAACAGCAACAACCCUUGCAUCCUCAUCCUCAUCAUCUUCAGCCCCAGUUUAAUAUGAAUAGACCCAUUCCUUACCAUGUCCAACCCCAGCCCUCACCACCGGCCACUCCUACUUCCGGAAGCGACCUUUUGGCGGCCUUUUUUGGCACACCUACGCAAACUCAAAUUCAAACUCCAAUGCAAACUCCUGCUUCUCUGCCUUCUGCCCCACCUCUUAGCAUGAAUGUCACCCCAUCUGCCCCUUCUCCCUCUCCCGUCCGACUGUUGAGCAGCAAGGCCCCCAAGGGCAGGCAUCUCUUUGGCACCGAUCUCCUUUAUGAUAUUCAUGUCAGGCUGCCGGGUGAAGUCCAGCCCCAACUUGAGGUCACUCCCAUUACCAAGUAUGCUUCUGAUCCUGGCCUUGUUCUUGGUCGUCAGAUCGCUGUUAAUAGGAAUUAUAUUUGCUAUGGUCUUAAGCUUGGGAAUAUCCGUAUCCUCAACAUCAAUACCGCCCUCCGAUCCUUGCUUCGUGGUCACACUCAGAGGGUAACAGAUAUGGCUUUUUUUGCCGAGGAUGUCCACCUCCUGGCCAGUGCAAGUGUUGAUGGCCGGGUUUUUGUAUGGAAGAUCAAUGAAGGCCCUGAUGAUGAAGAUAAGCCACAAAUUUUUGGCAAAGUUGUUAUCGCCAUUCAGAUUGUCUGUCAAGAAGAAUCAACACAUCCACGAGUCUGCUGGCAUCCUCACAAACAAGAGAUUUUGAUGGUUGCUAUUGGAAAUCGUAUCCUGAAAAUUGAUACCAUGAAAGUUGGAAAACUUGAAGGGUUUUCAGCAGAGGAACCUCGUAAUUGCUCUGUUGAUAAGCUUAUUGAUGGGGUUCAGUUUGUUGGUAAACAUGAUGGUGAGAUUACAGAGUUGUCAAUGUGCCAAUGGUUGACCACCCGUUUAGCUUCAGCUUCUGUAGAUGGCAUGGUGAAAAUUUGGGAAGAUCGUAAGGCCUUACCACUUGUAGUGUUGAGACCACAUGAUGGUCAUCCUGUUAACUCAGCAACGUUCUUGACUGCCCCACAUCGCCCUGAUCACAUUGUUCUCAUCACGGGAGGCCCACUAAACCGCGAAGUUAAGAUAUGGGCCUCCGCAAGUGACGAGGGCUGGUUGUUGCCCAGCGAUGGUGAACCAUGGCAAUGUACCCAGACGUUGGAGUUGAGGAGUUCUGCAGAGUCAAGGGUUGAGGAUGCAUUCUUUAAUCAAGUUGUGGCACUGUCCCGUGCAGGCUUGUUUCUGCUUGCAAAUGCCAAGAAGAAUGCUAUAUAUGCUGUACACAUAGACUAUGGGCCUAAUCCAGCAGCAACCCGCAUGGAUUACAUAUCUGAGUUUACUGUUACAAUGCCGAUAUUGAGUCUCACCGGAACAAGUGAUAGUUUGCCAGGUGGAGAACAUACGGUGCAAGUGUACUGUGUUCAGACACAGGCUAUUCAGCAAUAUGCACUGGACUUGUCUCAAUGCUUGCCGCCACCACUGGAAAACACAGACUUGGAGAAAACAGAUUCUAAUGUUGCUUGUGUUUUCGAUGCCAUGAACUCUGAUGGUUCUGUUUCUCAGGAACUAUCUCAUGGAUCUAAACCAACUGAGAUGACUCCAAGCUCCGCAAUUCCAAUGUCACCUAUAAAUUCCAGCAGCUCUGAAGGUGCCGCCAUGGGUCCACAAAAAUUGUCUUCUUCUGAGGUUACUUCCAUAUCUGAAAGCAUUGUGUCAGGCAUGGAAAGUAAACCAAGUGCAUUGCCUUCUCAUCUUAGUGCUGAAAACAUGCAGAAUUCCUCACCUCCGCUUCCAUUAAGUCCAAGGUUAUCACGAAAGUCAUCUGGUUUUGGAAGUCCAUCGAGUGCAGAUCAUGUUGGUGACCACUCAGCACAUGAUCAUUCUGUUGACCACAGAGUAGAUGCCAUCAAAGAGAAUAAGGUUGAUAUGUCCUCCUCUGGUGACAACUUGCGUAAAGGUGAGGAUAUUACCCAAAAUAACAUUUCAAUGAUUCCGGAUUGUCCUGCAGUGUUCAAGCAUCCAACCCAUCUUGUAACGCCAUCAGAGAUAUUAUCUACUGUGGCUUCAUCUUCAGAGAAUGCUCAGAUUUGUCAGGAUAUUAGUGUAGCUGAGGUAACAGUCCAAGAUGUAGUUGUCAAGAAUGAUGCUGAAAGUACAGAGGUAGAAGUUGAAGUUGAAGUUGUCGGUGAUGUAGAAUUUGGUCAAACUAGUGAAACUGAAUGUCCACGAGACUCUCAUACUGCUGUUGCAGAUAACAAAGAAAAGGCCUUCUACUCUCAGGCAUCGGAUCUUGGUAUUCAGAUGGCCAGAGAUUUAUGUGCAGAAGCUUAUGAUGUUGAGGCAGCUCAACAAGCUAAUGAUGGUGGUGUUGCAGGACAAGCAGACAGACCUACUCAAGCUGGUAAUGUGGAAGACCGGAAUGUGAUGAAAGAUGUCCCUCCCAAGAUUGGUGAAUCAGACACUGCCAUCACUAUUUCAUCAUCUCUAGCUUCUGCUAAAGGGAAAAGGCAGAGGGGGAAAGUUUCUCAGGUAUCUGGCCCAUCUUCCCCUUCAGCGAGCCCAUAUAAUUCCACAGAUUCAUCUAAUGAACCAGGUUGUAAUUCUGGGGCUCUGUCAGCUGAUGCUAUUUUCCCCCAAUUGAUGGUUAUGAAUGAUGUGCUUGACCAGUUGGUUAGCAUGCAGAAGGAAAUGCAGAAACAGAUGAAUGCAGUUGUCUCUGGUCCAGUUAACAAAGAAGGAAAAAGGCUGGAGGCAUCCUUGGGCAGGGGCAUUGAGAAGGUUGUAAAGGCCAACACAGAUGCUUUGUGGGCUCGUUUUCAAGAUGAAAAUACAAAACAUGAGAAGUUAGAAAGAGACCGCACACAGCAGAUAACAAAUUUGAUCACUAACUAUAUGAAUAAGGACUUGUCAGCCAUUUUUGAGAAAUCCUUAAAGAAGGAAAUAGCCACAGUUGGCCCUGUUUUAGCUCGUGCUAUUACCCCCACUCUGGAAAAAAGCAUAUCUUCUGCUAUUAUGGAUUCAUUCCAGAAAGGAGUAGGGGAGAAGGCAGUGAAUCAACUAGAGAAGUCAGUCAAUUCAAAACUUGAAGCUAUAUUAGCCAGGCAAAUCCAAGCGCAAUUUCAAACUUCUGGAAAGCAAGCACUUCAGGAGGCACUGAGGUCUAGCUUGGAAUCUUCCAUUAUUCCUGCAUUUGAGAUGUCAUGCAAAUCUAUGUUCGAGCAAAUUGAUGUCACAUUUCAGAAAGGGCUAAUAAAACAUACAACUGCUGCUCAGCAGCAGUUUGAGAAUGCAAAUUCUUCCCUUGUUGUUGCUCUACGGGAUGCUAUUAAUUCAGCAACUUCAAUCACACAGACCUUAAGUGGAGAAUUGGCUGAUGGGCAACGUAAACUUCUAGCUGUAGCAGCUGCAGGCACCAACUCCAAGGCAGGAAAUCCCUUGGUGACACAGUUGAAUAAUGGACCAUUAGCUCAUCUGCAUGAGAUGCAGCCUGAGGCACAAGUGGAUCCAACAAAAGAGCUCACAAGAAUGAUAGCUGAGCGGAAAUAUGAUGAAGCAUUCACUGCAGCCUUGCACAGAAGUGAUGUCUCGAUAGUUUCCUGGUUGUGUUCUCAGGUCGAUCUACAAGGGAUUUUGUCAAUGAAACCAUGCCCACUGAGCCAAGGAGUUUUGCUGGCUCUUUUCCAGCAACUGGCUUGUGAUAUCAACAAGGAAACAUCUAGAAAGCUUGCAUGGAUGACUGAUGUAGCUGUUGCCAUAAACCCCACAGAUCCAAUGAUUGCAGUGCAUGUGCUUCCCAUCUUUAGGCAGGUCUGUCAGAUAGUGGAUCAUCAUCUACAAAGCUUGCCCAGUGCAUCUGCAUCAGAAUCUACCAGCAUCCGUGUUCUUAUGUUUGUUAUAAACAGUGUAUUGAGCCGUAAAUGAUUAUUGCCCCCUGCUCUUAUUGUCGUAAUAUUUCCUGCAAAUUUAAGAACAUUUUGUUUUGUAUAGAAAUCUAGGUACUUUCAUUGGGAUUAUCUCAGAAAUUCAGUUUGCGUGGUUUCAAUUCGUUUGAAGUAGUUAAAGUUUUUUAUGUUCCUGUGAUUCUUCUCAAGCACUCAUCAGUGUAUUGUGUGCUGACUGACGUAUGCUCCUUCAGGGGAUUCCGACCACCUGGUUGGUUUGGAAGAUGUGAAAUAAAUAAAUAAAGAGGUUGAUGAUGAGUAGAAAUGGAUUGGCAGGCGGUUUCUUGUAUGUAUGGAACGAGUUUAUGGCAGGGGAUUUUUCUCAUGCACUCAUCAGUGAAUGGCUUUACUAAUAAGUAUUU